AUGAGCCCUCGCGACAGCGAGUCCGGCUCGUCCGCGCCGCCGCCUCCUUCCCGCCAUCGCAACCACAACCCUCUGCUGCAGCACGCCCGCGGGCCCGUUCCCUUUCUCAAUCCCACGCAGGGCUUGCUUCGGAACGCGGGCGAGGCUGCCGACAGUGCCUCGAUCAAGCGCCGGCCCAGUCUCGAUGGGAUUCACUUUUUGUGGCGGUCGCGCGAUAACCGCAAGGGACGCCAUCCGCUGCGCGUGCCGAGACGCCCCCAUGACGAGAGCAGUGUCGCGGCCCCCCGGCCGUCGUCGCAACCCAAGGAGGUGCUGAGAGGCAUCAUCCGCACGUUGACGCAAUUUCCGGUAUGGGACAUUUCCUGGUUGGUGGCGUUCAUCUUCACCGCGGGUAGUGUAGUUUGGGUUAUCAAUGGUUUCUUUGCUUGGUUGCCGCUCGUACGCCCCUCGACAUCGUUCAAAGGCGAGACCGACUACGGCGGCGGCAUCACCGCCUUUAUCGGCGCCAUCAUCUUUUUCGAGGUCGGGUCUCUGCUCCUCAUCCUCGAAGCCGUCAACACCAACGACGCAUCCUGCUUUGGCUGGGCUGUCAAAGAGCUGGUCGACCCCGACACCCACCGCGCAGCCGCCAUAACAUUCGUCGCCAGCAACCACGCCUGCCGCCAUCAUCAUCAGAACAAACACAAUCUCGUCGGACGGCCCCAGUCCCAUCUCAGCCCCGUCCCCGGGACCGCCGCCCCCACCAAACACUGGCGGUGGCGUCCGUCCUGGCACGACCUCCGCCACUGCUACCUCUACGAGCUGGGUUUCCUCGCUGGCGCCGCUCAGUUGUUUGGUGCCACCGUGUUUGGCGUCGCUGGCUUCACUGCGCUGCCCGGCAUCGCGGACCACCUCACGCCGCAGUGGCGCCUCAACGCCGCGUACUGGAUCCCGCAGGUCGUCGGCGGCUGUGGCUUCAUUGUCAGCGGCCUGCUCUACAUGCUCGAAACGCAGGAUCACUGGUGGCGGCCCGCCCCGCGGCUACUCGGGUGGCAUAUUGCGUUUUGGAACCUUGUUGGCGCCAUCGGGUUUACUUUGUGCGGCGCGCUGGGUAUGGCGUAUGGGAGCACGGGAGCGCAGUACCAAGCUGCGCUGGCGACGUUUUGGGGCUCUUGGGCAUUCUUAAUCGGCAGCUACUUGCAGCUCUAUGAAAGCCUUAACAAACACCCCGUUGAGCGAGACAAGUCAAAAGUCGACGAGAAAGCGCCUCCGUGA